AUGAUGAUUACUUUUCCAAAUUUUGAAGUAAUAAUAAAUCACUCAAACCCAAUAAUAAGAUUCGAUUUUACAACUAACUUGGAUGAGUCCCCAACUACUGAAUCCUUUGGUUUAAGAGAUUUUAAAAUAUUCUCAAGAGUUGUAAAAUAUUGCGGUAAUGGAAUGAAAGAAACGGAUGAAUAAUGUGAUGACGGUAAUAUUUAUGCAUUUGAUGGAUGUUUUAAUUGUGAAUAUUCAUGUGUAGAAGGAUGUUCAAAUUGUAUUGAUGGUAUUUGUUUUGAAUGUGAUAUUGGAUGGAUAUUCUAUUCAGAUUUUAAUAGAUGUAUUCCAAUUGUAGAUGAUACUUAAUAUUAAAUUUGGGAAGAAUGUGAUGAUACAUUAUAAUAUGAGAUUUGUUUAAAUGGAAAAUUCUUUUGUCCAUCAAAUUGUAAAUCUUGUUAAUUUGGUAUUUGUUUAUAAUGUAAAUUAAAUUAUGAAUUAAUUAAUAAUAGAUGUGAAUCUAUAUGUUAAAAUUAAUUAAUACUUAAUGAUAUAUAAUGUACUGAUUACAAUCUUCAACCAUUUGAUAAAUGUCAUUAAUGUUAUUAUGAUCUACAACAAGGUUGUUAAUUAUAAUCAAAUGGAUUUUGUAUCCAAUGUUUAAAUGGAUGGAUAUUAGAUAUAAAUUAAAAUAUUUGUAUUCCAAUUUGUGGAGACCUUGUUAUAUUAGGUGAUGAAUAAUGCGAUAUUAAUAAAUAUACUAAAUCAUCAUUUGGUUGUAAUUAAUGUGAAUAUGAUUGUUAAGAUGAAUGUAUUGAUUGUUAUUUUGGAAAAUGUUAUGAUUGUAUUCCAGGAUGGAAAUUAAAGAAUUACUAAUGUGAAUCUGAUUGUGGAAAUAAUUCAAUCUAAGGUUAAGAAGAAUGUGAUGAUAUGAAUUCUAUUAGAUUUGAUGGAUGUAAUAAUUGUAGAAAUGAUUGUUAAAGAGAAUGUUCAUAUUGUUAAAAAGGAAUCUGUUUAGAUUGUAUAUAUGGUUGGCAUUUAACUGAUAAUUUCAUUUGUGAAUCUGAAUGUGGAGAUAAUCUAAUUGCUUUGAUUUCAUAUGAAGAAUGCGAAGAUUCUAACUAUGAUUAAUUUGAUGGAUGUUAUUAAUGUAAAAUAGAAUGCUGUCAUUAUUGCGAUUUUUGUGUAUAUGGAUAUUGUUAUAAUUGUGAAUAUACCUUUACAUUAAUUGAUUAAUAUUGUAUUCCAGUUUGUGGAGAUGGAUUAGUUACUGUUGGAUAUGAAUAAUGCGAUGAUAUGAAUGAAAUACCUUAUGAUGGUUGUUAUAAUUGUAAUUACUAAUGUAGAGAGCAUUGUAAAUUAUGUAUUAAAGGGAUAUGUUAGGAUAAGUGUGAGUUUGGAUACUAUGAAGUGGAUUAUGAAUGUUUACCAAGAUGUGGUGAUGGUAUAAUAGUUGAAGAAGAGGAUUGUGAUGAUUAAAAUGAUGAUUUAUCUGAUGGAUGUUAUAAAUGUAAAUUUCAUUGUCCAGAUAAUUGUGAAAUAUGUGAUUAAGGAAAAUGUAAAUUAUGCGAAUAAGGUUUUGAAUUAAAUGUUAUUCUAAAUUAAUGUCCAACAUAUUGUGGUAAUGGCAUGGUUUCCUAGGAAGAAGAAUGUGAUGAUAUGAAUAAAGAGGACGGAGAUGGUUGUUCAAGAUUUUGUAAGAUUGAAAGCGAUUAUCAAUGUAGAAAUUAGGAAUUAAGUUUUUCAUAAUGUACUUAUUCUAAACAACCAAGAUUCUAUCUUUAGUUUAAAGAAGAAAGAGAUUAAAAAUAAUAUGUUUCAUUAUUAUUCACUUAAUAAGUUAAGUAUUUAAAUUAAGAUUUAUAUUCCAAAUACAUAUAAAUGAAUCUUAUUGAUAUAGACAUUGAUAUCUAUUAAUUGAAUUUGAUUGUUAUUUAAGAACCAGUUGAAUAUCCAAAAAAUGUUGAGUACAUAAUAGAAAUUUAAAUAAAUUAAACUUUAUCUAUUCGUCCUUACUUAGAAGUUACUUUAGAUGAAUAAUUAUAUAAUUCAGAAGAUAAUACACUUUUUAAUUAGUAUGAUAAAAUUUAAUUAAAAUAGCCUAGGUAUAUGGAUGAUUAAAAAUAAGAAGCAGCAGCUACUUUAAAUUAAGCAAAUAAAUAUUUGAUGAAUUCUGUUGGAGGAAUUGGCAUACUUGCUUUUUUCCUCGGAAAUUCAUUUAUUUUUUCAAGUAUUUUGGAAGUUUUACAAUAAUAAUCUUAUUUAAGAUUUAUUAAUGUUGUAUUUCCUUUUAAUUUAUUUAUCUAUUUUGAAGCAAGUAACAUAAUAACUAUGAAACCUAUUUUAUAAUUCUUUAAAAUUGAUUCCUUAAUGGCACCAACAUUUGAUUCAAUAUAUAUAGAAUCUUAUGAAAAACUGAAAUUUUAUGAAAUUAAUGCUGAUCUAUUAACUAACAUUUAAACCUAAGUAUUUCUCAUUAUAAUCUUAAUUAUCAUUUAUUAUUCUUGUGCUUUGCUUAUAAUUAUUAUAGAUGCAAUCAAAUUAGAAUCAUUACUUUUCAUUGGUAAAUAUGGAUAUAAACUACUGAUUUAAGUAAGAAGAUUGUGUUAUAACUAUUAGAAAGAAUUUCGAAAGGAUGGGGUUAAGGCAUUUCUAAUAGCAAAUUGUUGGGAUCUUUUUUUUACUUGCUUUUUACAAUUGAAAUCAUCACAAUCAUAUACGACAUUUAGAUCCAUAAUUUGUUAACUCUUCGCAUAUCUAAUAUUUUAUGGAUGCUUGUUAAUACUUAGAUAAUACAUUUAUAAGAAUGAAUUAAUCAAACAAAAUUGUUUUAGUUAUUGGAUUUCAAAAAUGGAUUUAUUUUUCACUUUAAAAAAAUUAAUUUUCAUUUUUAUUUUAGUAUGCUUCCAAAAAAAUGAGUAAAUUCAAACAAUCUUAUUAACAUUUGUAUGUAAUUUAUAUCUCUUUUAUGCAAUCAAAUUCAAACCAGCCAUAAGUCAAUAGGACUAUUGUAAUUUACUUAUGAUGGAAGGAAGUGCCUUUAUAUUUACCUUAACAUCUGCUAUGUAUUGGACCACUUUUAAAACAAUAAUAAGCAGUAAUUUCUAGAUAAAUCUAGGCUGGUUUCAUAUUAUAUUGUUACUUCUAGUUUUAUUAGUGAAUUUAUUGAUCCAAAUAUAUGGAACCUUUCAUACUUUAAUAAGUAAAAUUAGCGAAAAAGUUUGUAAAAAAUAAAAAAAGCAAUCAAUAUAAGCAAAUCCAUAUCCUUUUUUUAGUGUAAUAAAAUUUAAGGAAUGA